GAUUCGUCGCGCUCGAAUUUCUUUUUACCAAACGAGAAAAGAAAAAAUUAAAUUGUUUAAUUCCAGAUAAACCGGCCUAUAUAAAUACCACAUUAAAUUGCCCCUUUGAAUUAUCUCGUCGUCUUCUGCUUCAUCGGCCGUUGUAAAUUGAAUUUCCGGUUAUCAGAGAGAGAGAGAGAGAGAGCGAGGAGAGAGAGUGAGCCAGAUCCUCUUCUUCGUAGAUCGUCUUGCUUCCUGUUUCUUUCCUCGAUCUCUCUCGAUCGUCUACUUUUUCUCCUCCGAUCAAGAUCGUAAACCAUGGCCGAGGCCGAUGAUAUUCAGCCCAUCGUCUGUGACAAUGGUACUGGAAUGGUUAAGGCUGGUUUCGCCGGCGACGAUGCUCCAAGGGCGGUUUUCCCGAGUGUUGUUGGUCGACCUAGACACCACGGUGUCAUGGUUGGGAUGAAUCAGAAAGACGCAUAUGUUGGAGACGAAGCACAGUCCAAGAGAGGUAUCCUCACAUUGAAAUACCCAAUUGAGCAUGGCGUUGUGAGCAACUGGGACGACAUGGAAAAAAUCUGGCAUCACACUUUCUACAAUGAGCUGCGUAUUGCUCCUGAAGAGCACCCGGUUCUACUUACCGAGGCUCCUCUCAACCCAAAGGCCAACAGAGAGAAGAUGACUCAGAUCAUGUUCGAGACUUUCAAUUCCCCAGCUGUGUAUAUCGCCAUUCAAGCUGUUCUAUCACUUUACGCCAGUGGUCGUACAACCGGUAUUGUGUUGGACUCUGGUGAUGGUGUGUCUCACACUGUGCCAAUCUACGAGGGUUUCUCUCUUCCACAUGCUAUCCUUCGUCUUGACCUAGCUGGUCGCGACCUCACUGAUUACCUAAUGAAGAUUCUUACGGAGAGAGGUUACAUGUUCACGACUACAGCAGAGCGAGAAAUUGUGAGGGACAUCAAGGAGAAGCUUUCUUUUGUCGCUGUAGACUACGAGCAAGAGAUGGAGACUUCGAAGUCGAGCUCCACGAUCGAGAAGAACUACGAGUUGCCUGACGGGCAAGUAAUCACGAUCGGAGCCGAGAGAUUCCGUUGCCCUGAAGUCCUUUUCCAGCCGUCGUUCGUGGGGAUGGAAGCUGCAGGGAUCCACGAGACGACUUACAACUCGAUCAUGAAGUGUGAUGUCGAUAUCAGGAAGGAUCUUUACGGUAACAUUGUGCUCAGUGGUGGUACCACAAUGUUCUCUGGUAUUGCGGACCGUAUGAGCAAAGAGAUCACAUCACUUGCACCAAGCAGCAUGAAGAUUAAGGUCGUGGCACCACCAGAGAGGAAGUACAGUGUCUGGAUCGGUGGAUCUAUCCUUGCUUCUCUCAGUACUUUCCAGCAGAUGUGGAUCUCGAAGGCUGAGUAUGAUGAGUCUGGUCCAGGCAUUGUCCAUAGAAAAUGCUUCUAAGGUAAAAGCAAAGAAAAGAAAGCGUUUCCACGACGAGAUCACAAAGUUUAUUUCUAUUUCUCCGAUUUGUUUUUGUUUCAUUUGAUUUCAUAUUUUUUUUCCCAAAUGGGUUCAUCGUGGGAGAGAAACUUUCCGGUUAAAGCGUUUGCAGAUGUGUACCUGAGUCAUUAAUUCACGCUUCAUACUCCAAUUCUAAGUCCAUUUGUUUGUUUGAUUGUUUUGUAGCCUCUUGAAAAAAUAAAACUCUUUGUACUGUUGAUAUAUGUACUGAAUCUUGAAAUGAUUGUUUUUUGUGUUACUAUAAAGAAAAGUUCUAAGAACUCUAUACUUAUAAGACAUUCGUCGUCUUGAAAC